UUCGGGCGAGGUGUACGUGUCGCGUGUUUCUCUCCCGUUGUUUCAAAUGUAAACACUGAGAGAGAGAAGAUAAUUCAUACCAGGUAUCAAGAUCCUCGCUAUUCGCAUUAUUAAAAUUGCUAAUUGUAUGUACGCGUAUAUAUUUUCCUUCGUUUUAUUUUUGUGCUAAAGAACUCAUCAAGGAAAAUCAUUAAGGUGUGUGUCGUCAGACGAAGUAAUAACCGCUCGUUAUAUCAGUGACUGACACUAGAUGAUAAUCGGUUAGAACGUAAUAAUUUGUUUUAGUGACAACUGGUAGAGGUGUAUCGAGUGAAUAUAGUGAUUUAUAUUGGAUUGACUACAUCGCAUAGAACACGUCGUAAUCUACCUGUACGGUCCACCAUGUACGUUGACCCAUAGAAUUUCGUUAAAACCACGAUGGGAAACAACAGCAGCUCCCAUCAUCACCAUGCUCAAGGUGGAGUUGCCCGCGAAAUGGGUCCUGGAUGGACCCAUUCUUUUCCAAGGGAUAUGCACAGGCAGCAUUUACAGUCUUCGGGUCACAAGGUCCUCCCCGAACCUCCCAAUCAAAGAUUACGAGCGACCAACAAUGGGAGUAUCAUCCAUAACGGUGGGACCAUCAGCGGACGGAGACCAUCCGCCUUGACGUUGCCGCAUGAUCUAAACAAGCAAGCUGCCUACCGCACCAGAAGCGCGUCUGCAUCGAAUUUCGGGCAACCCCGACCUCAAAACGGCGAUCCGCAAUAUUAUCGUCACCAGCACGGUGAUCCGAGAGAUAGGGAAAUCGCGGAGUUUAAAAGAUUCGGAAGCGAACCUGACCUCAGGUACUCUCCUACUGAACAGGGGAGAUACGAUCGACACCAAGGAUACACGGAAAGAGACGUUAAAGAACGGGACAGCAGAUACAGUAAAGGUAAGAAAAAAUACAAAGCACCCCCUCCGCCGAAUAGAGAUGGCUCAUCACCGGAUUCCUACAACUGGUCAGGUGGCCACGAUGGAGAUGCGACGAGGCCUUCCGAAGAUAUUCGACCACCACCUAGAAAAUCAAGACUUUUCAAGACCCGCGCUGAGACAAAGAGGGCUCAGUCUAACUGGACGUCGCUUCAAGAGAGGGAAACUGAUAGCAAAAGAUGGGACGACGUACAAUCGAGUAAAGAAAAUCUUGUCUGGAGGCAGCAACAAGAACGCUGGAAUAAGGACGAGAGAAGACCGAAAAUGUUCGAUGGAAAAAAUACCCUCCAACGUAGCUUGAGCAGUCCUGAGUUCCAAGCUGAAUUAAUGAAAGCUGCGAGGAAAGUCAGAAGCAAAAUGAAUCAUCAACGAGAAGGUCCAGUGGGUGAAGCUGCUCCUAUAAAUCACAGGGAAUAUCCAACAUCGAAUCAAGGGGAAUUCAUUGAUGAUCGAAGAAUCGAUGAAGCGACCACCAAACAUCGCGAAGACCGAUUCUUCGACGAACGGAGAACAGAGAAUAAAAAUGCUAGAAAUCAGGAAAUUUCAUACGAUCACAGAAGAACGGAACAAUCCGAUCUUCGGUAUCAGAAGGAAUCUUCAAAUGAUCGUCAAACUGACAGGAACUCUCGGCAGAGAGCAUUCAAAAAAUCGGCAACUUAUGAUGUUGAAGUAGAUGUGGGGCAACGACUGGCUGAGAAAAAGUUACUCAUGGAGAGAAUUGAAAAGCAAGGACAAUCCUUUGAUGAUCGACUAUCCGAUAAACAGAAACUCGACUAUUCGGAAGAAAGGAGGGCUGAUCAACAAAGACACAACGAUCGGUUAAAGGGCAAAGCCCUAGAGGAUUUUGUGGAGAUGGGAAAACGGAUUGACUCCAGAACAAGAUCGGAAAGUCCGAUGCGACAGUAUAGGGACAAAAAUAAUGAUCGGAGAAGUCAGGGCUCUGGUAGGGAGAGUACCCCAGAACCAACUAAAACUAAAGAUCCUGGCAAUUUCGACUUGCGUAAUAACAUUAAAACUGGAAUCCGAAGCAACGGCUAUAGUUACAACGAAAACAGACGUUCGGAACCUAUUCCAAAGAUAGAUAUGAAGGAGUCGAAAAGCAAGGAAAAGCUAUCAAGAAAACCAGACGUCAGAGCGCCUCCGGUAAAAAAUUGGGAAAUAUUACCGCCAGCUGGAAAAUCACCCCCAAAAACAUUCUAUUUCGGAAUGGAUCUUACAACGUCAAGAGAUCCACAAGAUUUAAUGGAACAUCAAAUGCAACAGAUUCAAUCUAGACUCAAUCAUAUCAGAGAGCCCAGCAGUUCACCUGAAACUUCACCUGGGGAGAUGGAUGACGAUAAGCCACUGCACACGGGAGACGACAUCGCUCUCAAAUUGAGGCCUACACUUCCGAAAAAACAAUUGGAAAUUCCCAGAUUUUCUCCAUCGGCUGCCUGGAGAUUACUAUCCGCGUUAGAUACACCAUAUCCAAGUAUGAGUACUGCAAGUGAAGAGGGGCCAGUUCUGUUUGAAGAACGUAUAGAACGUUUAUCCAGACCGCCCCCACCCCUAGUGGCACUUGGGCCACGUAGCUCGCACGAUAAAUCCGGUGACUCUGGAAUAUCGGGUGAUGCAGGAGCUGUUAACGACGAUUCGUUGGAUAUAAUUACAAAUCGGGCAAAGGGUUCAAUCAGACCAACUUGGACACCCCAACAAGACCUAGGCGAAGAGUCUAGCAGUGAUGCAGGUGUCGAUUCCCCACCACCCAUGGCAACGCCAGUUAAAUUCCCUCCAAGACCCCACGUUUUUUCGCUCUCGCUACCAAGAGAUGAUAACAGAAUGUCUCUAUACAAUCCGGAAUACAAAAUCAAGGAAUCUUCUUUUAACUCGCUGCAAAAAUUAAAGAGAUCCGUCUCGGGGGCCCUGGGAUUGGGGGCUCUAGACGUUGACAGAAAACAAGACAGUGAUGUUUUAGAUGGAAACUGGCUUUUAUCGACGAGUGCUCCAAACUCUUUGCAACAUAGUCAACCUAAUGGAGAAGGAACUGGCACACCAUCUCCGGGAUGGGAGACAAAUUUUGUAGAGAAUGAAGAUGAAGGAAAGCCUGACUUUCCCAUAAUCAUGAAACCACCCUCAUUUUCCUAUUUGGCAUCAGGUGGACACGUCAUGUAUUUACCUGAAUCCAACGGUACCGUUUAUCAGACGCAGAGUCUCAAUUAUCGUAAUACCAGUUCCGAAGACAAAAAUUCAAAUAAUUCCAAUUCAAGAUAUAAAAAGAGUUCAACCGAGUCUAAGAAAGUUUGUAGAUAUCCCAAUUCAGAUGCUCAAAAAUAUCCCAAAGAAUCGAAAGAAUUCGGACUCUUCAGAGACCGGCGCUUCACCGAUGGGGGUUUAAGGUCCAGAAAAUUUUCUAACUUUUCAAAGUCAUGUGAAAACAUUUCUGAAAUGAAACAGAGAGAACGAUCGCCAUCGCCUGGGCCAGAAAAUUUACAAGAUGUUAAAGACAGUUCAUCAGAUUUGAAAGUCACGGCCAAACGAAGCUCCAAAAGUAAACGAUUUACAUUCCAAUCAACCGUACGACAGAUAGAAAGACGCCGAUUGGCAGAAAAAUUAUCCCGGGAAGCCGAGGCUAAAGAGCAACAGAGAAAAGGAGAAUUGGAAGCCAUGAGGAAAGUUGAGGAAGAAUUUCAGAAAAAACGUGCCAGGGAAAAAGCGAACAUCAGGCAACAAUUGAGACUAUUCAAUCUGGAUGAAACUACUGGAAGUUUACCAGUUGUGUGGGACAGCGCAUCUUUAUCUCGCGCAGAACCUGAUGGUGCUCCGUCCUCAUCAGCAUCAUCCCCAACUUCAGCACCUCAGAGUAAAUUAACGGCAACCAGAAAAAAUAGUGGUAGCAGCGACGAAUAUAAUCGUAAGGCUCAAAUUUCUGCCCACGUACCCACUGAGUAUCGUCAUCAGCAACAACAACGAGAGUACAAAGACUAUAGGUCAAGGUAUUAUGAUUGUGGACCUGAAAGUGCGCCGCACAUCGAGUUUAAGCAGACUACAGUUCACCCUAAAGUGGUCUACGAUAUUCCCAAGAGCGCACCUGUCUAUGUCGAUGCAAAGAUUCAUCCUAACAAAUCAGUAAAUCUUAAUUCCACGCCAAGGUCAGACAACUAUAGGAAAGAUUUUGCACACGGUGCUGUAGCAGCAAGAUCGUCGCUGGCAAGCAGCGAUAGUGAGUUAUCUCAACCAAAUACGAGGCCGCAUUCUCGACAAACGGCGAAUAAAGUCAGAAUACAUCGAUCUAGGUCGGCGAGCCCAGCUAGAAGCCACGAGGAUGCCAGCUCAGAGGAAGAAUGUCCCGUCGAACCAAUAACGCGUGAACGAAUACCUGCAAAUAAUUUGAUGCUGAACGCAAUCCAACCAUUUGUGAGGGAAAAAAGUUAUCGUCCAAUAUCUUACAACCCCCAAUCCCCUCCGCCUAUUCCUAGUUAAUUACUUUUAACAAAGUCACGACCUUUAUCUGUUAAUAACUAAUAAUUAAAAAUAUUAAUAUAUUGAAUAAAAAUAGUUUGAUUGAUAUUUUAUAUACAAGAUUAUGUAAUAUAUAACUGUUUUCUGUUUCUACAAAUUAUAUAAUCUAUUAAAAAUCCUUCCAAAGAGAAUUAUUUCGCAAAUACAUUGCCCCGAAGUAUGAAGAGCUAAUUAUAAGUUUACUUAGACUUUAGGGAUACCCUAAACUGAAAAAAUUCAAGUGAUUUUAUAGUAACAGUUGAAUUUGGUGCACAGAACUUCUUACACCACUCAUAAUCAAUCAGGAGCAAUACCAUCGGAAGCCAGUAGACUGCUACGAAUUCCAUUGCAUGAUCUACUGGAGGCAAUUUUGAAAUUUAUACACAUAAGUAUGUGCAAUCAUCAAGUAUGAUUCAUAUGGUAUAGAACUAGGGAUAUGAAUUCCACAGAAAAAUAAAAACAGACUGUAAACUGUAAAAUGCUGUGAAAUUUCUAGAAAAUCAAAUCUUGAUUUGUGCAUGUUUAGAUAAAUUGUUAAUAGUAAUUCUUACCAGAUGUGUUCCAUCUAGUACACUUUUUUGUAAACCAAUAUUGUACAUUCAAAUAGCUAUAUUAUAUAUAUUUCUACCUAUGCAAGUAUUAACAAAAAAAAAAAAUCAAUCAAAGAUAUAUAAAUACAUACUUUACCCAUACUGUACACCGUCUAGUUAAUCGGCAGAGAAACACUACGGUGAGGUACAGUACAUAGUGUAAUUAAUUUUGGGAAAUACAUAUUAUAAUAUACUGGGGCUUAGGGAAUAUAAUGUUAUUGUAAUUAUGUACAGGGAAUCUACAAACAACAUUUGCUCAUGUAAUGUAAUCAAAUAAAAAGAUGUAUUGUUAUUAAA